AUGCCCCAGAGAAACAUUGGCAUCACAACGAUUCUGCAGAAACUUGGGGCCAUGCCCGAAUAUAUUGCCGGAUGUUUCGCGACGUCUUCAAUAGCAGAUAUACACAACUCAUUGCAACAUAUUCUUAACGAGAUCGAGAUGAACAAACCUGCUACGCCCGAAGGAUGCUACCUAGGCAAUCGCAGUCCAACUAGAAUAUCUCGAGGAACCGAAGAGGUCCAGCACGAGAACGUCACCGGUGCUUACAACACCCUCGACGAGAAGCACAAAACGUUCAAUGCUGACAACAACACCUUGAAAUUGCAUCACGCUAACCAAAUUGCCAAACACAAUGCUCUGAAGUCAGAGCACAAGAAGGUGACCGAUGCUCACAAUAUGCUCGACAUGAAACACAAAGCUCUUGAUGCCGAACACAACACAUCAAUAUCAGAUUACGACACCUCAAUUCUAAACAAAACACCCUGA